GCGUCCAGGGCUCAGUGACCGGCCACGCUGAGGCACCCGCGGGGCUGCCAGGCAAAGCGUGCAACCUCGGAACUGCUCGCUAGUUCUGGGGCCCGCAACCAUGUGGCUGGCGCUGCUGCUGCUGGCGCUGCUGCUGCUGGCCGUGGUGCUCCGCGUGUCCCGGGGGCGCUUUGCAGACAGCUCCCCGAACCCCUUCUGCGAGGAUGCCAAGCGGCUCCCCGCGCCCCUGGUGACCGACAAGGAGGCCAGGAAGAAGGUUCUCAAGCAAGCUUUCUCAGUCGGCCGAGUACCAGAGAAGCUGGACGCGGUGGUGAUCGGGAGCGGCUUCGGGGGCCUGGCAGCUGCUGCAAUUCUGGCCAAGGCUGGCAAGAGAGUCCUGGUACUGGAGCAGCACACCAAGGCGGGGGGCUGCUGCCACACCUUCGGGCACGAUGGUCUUGAAUUUGACACAGGAAUCCAUUAUAUCGGACGCAUGCACGAGGGCAGCGAGGGGCGCUUUUUCUUGGACCAGAUCACCGAGGGGCAGCUGGACUGGGUUCCCAUGGACUCUCCCUUUGACGUCGUGGUGCUGGAAGGGCCCGGUGGCCGGAAGGAGUUCCCCAUGUACAGUGGGAAGAAAGCAUACAUCCAAGGCCUCAAAGAGAAGUUUCCCCACGAAGAAGCUGCCAUUGACAAGUAUAUGAAGCUGGUGAAGGUGGUGGUCAGCGGAGUUGCGCACAUCGUCUUGUUGAAGAUGUUCCCGUUGCCCGUGACUCAGCUUCUCGACAAGUUCGGGCUGCUGUCCCGUUUCUCCCCGUUCCUCCACGCGUGCACCCAGAGUGUGGCCGAGGUGCUGCGGCAGCUGCCCGCCUCCCCGGAGCUGCAGGCCGUGCUUGGCUACAUCUACCCCACGUACGGUGUGACCCCCAGCCACGCUUCCUUUUCCAUGCAUGCGGUGCUGGUCAACCAUUACCUCGAAGGCGCCUUUUAUCCCCGUGGGGGCUCCAGUGAAAUCGCCUUCCACACCAUCCCUGUGAUCCAGCGGGCCGGUGGCGCCGUCCUGACAAAGGCCCCUGUGCAGAAGGUGUUGCUGGACUCGGCCGGGCGCGCCUGUGGGGUGUGCGUGAAGAAGGGUCAGGAGCUGGUGAACAUCUACUGCCCCGUCGUGAUCUCCGACGCAGGACUGUUCAAUACCUAUGAGAACUUGUUGCCAGAGAGUGCCCGCUGUCUUCCAGGUGUGAAGCAGCAGCUGGGGCUGGUGCGCAACGGCCUGGGCACCUUCUUGGUUUUCAUCUGCCUGCGAGGCACCAAGCAGGAACUGGGGCUGCCGGCCACCAACUACUAUGUCCAUUCUGACACAGACCUGGACAAGGCAAUGAAGCGCUACCUCUCUGCACCCCGGGAGAAGGCACCAGCCCACAUCCCUUUUUUCUUCGUCUCUUCCUCCUCGGCCAAGGACCCCACGUGGGAGGACCGCUUCCCAGGCCGCUCUACGCUGGCCGUGCUGCUGCCUGCUGCCUACGAGUGGUUCGAGGAGUGGCGGAAUGAGCCGAAGGGCAAGCGGAGCAGUGACUAUGAGACCCUCAAGAACGCCUUUGUGGAGGCCUCGAUGUCGGUCGUCAUGAGGCUCUUCCCCCAGCUGGAGGGCAAGGUGGACAGUGUGGCCGGAGGAUCACCACUGACCAAUCAGUUCUAUCUGGCUGCUCACCGGGGUGCUUGCUAUGGGGCUGACCAUGACCUGGGCCGCCUGCACCCGCGUGUGAUGGCCUCACUGAGGGCCCAGAGCCCUGUUCCCAACCUCUACCUGACAGGCCAGGAUGUCUGCACCUGUGGGUUGAUGGGAGCCCUGCAAGGGGCCCUGCUGUGCAGCAGCGCCGUGCUGAAGCGGAACCUGUACUGGGACCUCAGGAACCUCGGUGCCAGGAUCCAGGCACAGAAGAAGAAUGGUUAGGGACAAGUCCACACUGAGCUCAGCCCCUAAGGUGGCCAUAUCUGUGAAUCAGUGCCUUGCUCACAUUCCAGCACCCUCUGUCAAUUCUGACUUCUGCAGAGAGGUCGAUACUCAAGUUUAACAUAGAUGAAGGCCAAAUCUAGCUCUUAAGCGGAAGUUGCUCUGUCCUGGGGUGGGAAAUGAUCUUCUGAUAUAUCUAAUGCAUUUACUACCUCUGCUAACAUGCCCUCCCUACUAAAAGACCCUGUGCAGGCUGCUGAUCUGGGUACCCUUAAUGUCUCCUCUGUCCCCACACUCACGCCUUCUGAGUGAUUGGUCAGGUUUUGGGGGUUGUCUUAAAGAGAUGUCAAAAUUCUGUGUAGGGUUUUGAUUUGAUUCCAGAAACUUGGCGGCCUCCUGGUCUCAUUUUUGGUUCCAGCUGGUUUCUGCAAGAGGCAUAAUGAUUGUGGUCUGUGGGUGAAGACCACACUUACUCAUCAGUAAGCUGAAUACUUAGAAGGGAAGAGCCAGGCCACCAAGGUUCCUCAUUCUUGGGGUCAGGAGUCACCAAGUUCUGAGUGUGCCAGAGCAAGAUCCUUUUACAAAUGCUAUAGCCAUAAAUGGCCAGGGAAGGAUGAUGGUGCUAGCUGAGCGCAGGCCUGGAGUGAUGACUAUGUCAGGCUUGAAGCAGGCUGUGUGAGCAUCUUAGACCAAGGUUGCAGCAGGGCUGCCCUGAGAAAUAAGUGCCUGUAGUAUGAGUAGUGGCUCAGACACCUAGACCCAGAGCACACCUGCCCUAUGGGGAGAAGGAACUGGGCUGGGGAUGAGAAGACGGAAUGAGGAAUGAGCAGAACAUGGAACACGAAUUGUGCAAAAUGCGUGUUGGCGUUUUUGCCUUACUGGUACUGACAUGUUGGAGACUGGCUGGAAAGUGAAUGAAAGCCAAAGGUUAGAGGAGGGGAAAAAGGGAUCUUUCACUUAUGCUUGGCCUAACUUCCGCUGAUUUUGCUAUAGUAUGAAUAAAGCUAAUAAUAAUUGUGCCACUUUA